UUCUGUACCUUGCCCCCUCCCUCCCCAGCUACAUGUUCUCUGUUAAAUGGGCUGCGCUCCUUCUCUUGUAUUCUCUAACCUCCCGAUCGUUUGAAGACUGAACAAGGGGAGUGCGGCCCUUGAGUGUGACCCUCCACUCCGCUUACACCGGGGGACAUGCUGCUUUUGUGCUGACUUUCACACUCCACAAUGGGUAGUUCCACCAAGUACACUCAGGCCCCCACGGGGGAAUUGACUCCCAAUGGGAAGGAUUCACCAGGGGAUACAAGUUCUCAGGAAUCCAUGAAGCUUAAGAAAGAAAUCUCGCUGCUGAAUGGAGUCUGUCUUAUUGUUGGGAACAUGAUUGGGUCUGGAAUCUUUGUAUCACCCAAGGGGGUUUUGAUGUAUAGUGCCUCCUAUGGCCUCUCACUGGUGAUUUGGGCUGUUGGCGGUAUCUUCUCCAUCUUUGGGGCCUUGUGUUAUGCGGAGCUGGGAACCACCAUCACCAAGUCUGGGGCUAGCUACGCCUACAUCCUAGAAGCAUUUGGCAGUUUUGUUGCCUUCAUCAGGCUUUGGACAUCCCUCCUCAUCAUUGAGCCAACCAGCCAAGCCGUCAUUGCAAUCACCUUUGCCAAUUACAUGGUGCAACCAAUUUUCCCAACCUGUGAAUCACCAUACUAUGCAAAUAGGCUUUUUGCUGCAGCCUGCAUUGGACUCCUUACUUUUGUGAACUGUGCCUAUGUCAAAUGGGGGACCCGUGUUCAGGACCUUUUCACUUAUGCCAAAGUGGUGGCUCUUAUUGCUGUCAUCAUUGCAGGGAUUGUGAAGCUUUGCCAAGGUCAGACAGAGAAUUUUGAUGACUCCUUUGCCGGUUCUUCUCAUGAUGUUGGAAACAUUGCUCUUGCUCUUUACUCAGCACUUUUCUCAUAUUCAGGAUGGGACACUCUAAACUUUGUUACAGAAGAAAUAAAAAAUCCAGAGAGAAACUUGCCAUUAGCUAUUGGGAUCUCCAUGCCAAUCGUGACUGUGAUAUAUAUCCUGACUAAUGUGGCUUAUUACACAGUGCUGGAUAUGCGAGCCAUUCUGAGUAGUGAUGCUGUUGCUGUGACGUUUGCUGAUCAGAUAUUUGGCAUAUUCAACUGGACCAUCCCGUUAGCUGUAGCUCUUUCGUGCUUUGGGGGUCUGAAUGCUUCCAUCCUUGCUGCUUCCAGACUGUUCUUUGUGGGUUCCCGGGAGGGCCAUCUUCCUGACGCUCUCAGCAUGAUCCAUGUGGAGAGAUUCACCCCCAUACCUGCACUGCUGUUUAAUGGAGCAAUGGCUCUGGUAUACCUGUGUGUUGAAGACAUCUUCCAACUCAUCAAUUAUUACAGCUUCAGUUACUGGCUAUUUGUUGGUUUGUCUAUUGCUGGGCAGUUAUAUCUGCGAUGGAAAGAACCAGACAGACCGAGACCACUCAAGCUCAGCCUUGUCUUCCCAGUGGUAUUCUGUCUUUGCACUGUGUUUCUGGUCGCUGUGCCCCUGUACAGUGAUUUGGUAAACUCACUGAUUGGGGUGGCGAUCGCUCUGUCUGGAGUCCCUGUAUAUUUCCUGCUUGUUCGUGUCCCUGAGAAGCGGAAACCACAGUGGUUGAGGCGUAUGGCAGCUGCAGUGACACGUUAUACCCAGAUCCUGUGCUUCUCUGUCAUCACUGAGAUGGAUUUAGAGAAUGAAGAAAAAGAAGUGUCAAAAUCAGACUGAGAAACACUCCAAAUUACACAUCCAAUGGACUAUCAAAAACCACUUGCAUUACAUAAUUUAUUUGUUAAACUGGGCAAGUGCCUUUUACAAUGUCAGUAGCCCCUUCAUUGCAGGGUAGCUGCAGGGCGGUCCUCUUGGUGAAGUGGCGUUAAUAAUUUAUCUCCAAGCGGGUUAAUCAAUAUCUGGACUUUCCUCCCCCCAUUGCCUUUGGAGCAGUUGUUGCAGUUCAGCGGAUUUCAUGCUUCCGAAAGCUACAAGAUAAAAUCCGUUGCGAGUCUUCAUUUAUUAUAAAACCCCCUGCCUCCUGUCCCAGAUUGUCUUCAGGAAGCCAGAAACCCCACACAACCAUGCUGCUUUCAGAGGCACGUGGGCAGGCAUGCUCCAUGCACAUUGCAUAGGGAGGUAGUCUGGGUGUAUAACAAUCUUAUCUAAAUAAUAAACUUGGAUUUAACAA